AUGGCUGCUGCGUGUCUCUAUGUCCUCUGCCACAUUGUCUUGAUGGAUGUUCUCGCGAUGAGCUCAUUGUACAGAGUAGGCUUCUAUGCUUCGAUGAUUACCGCAGCAGCAUCCCUGCAAUGGAGCAGGAGAAUAAAGACAGAAGCAGGGGUGCCAGUGAAGCAUUCCUCAAGCGCGGAAGAGUUUCGUGACCUCUUCGCGCAGCUGAGCAGUAGGCACAGCACCCAGCUUUGGUGUGCCGAACUCUUGUUUAUGAUAUCUGAAAAUCUGAUUUUCACCUCCUUCGUUUUGGGCCUGACUUCUGGUCUGGAUACCCGUGACUGCACAGGCGAGUAG